AUGACACUCCCAACACCACAACACUACCACAUCUUCGGCCAGGGCAUAUCCCAAAGUCUCUCCCCUACAAUCCACAAUGCCGCCUUCGCGCACUACGGCCUCCCACACCGAUACGACAUACAAGAAUGCAACAGUCUCCAAGACGUCAAGUCCCUAAUCGAUGACCCGACCUUUGGCGGUUCUAGCGUGACGAUGCCCCAUAAACUCAGCGCCGGGGUGUUCUGUGCUCAUGUGUCUGAUUCCGCUACUCGGCUGGGAGCGAUUAAUACUCUUAUUGCUCGGUCGAUUGAGUCUGGAGAUGGAACUUUGACACGGGAGAUCCAUGGUGAUAACACGGAUUGGUCGGGUCUUUAUUCCCUGAUCAAGGAGUAUGCCUCUGGGGAACGAAAACAAGUUGGCCUUGUGAUAGGAGCUGGAGGCGCAGCUAGAGCAGGUGUUUAUGCGAUGGCUCAGGCUGGGAUUGAGCGGAUUUAUGUUGGUAAUCGGACGUUGGCGAAGGCGGAGCAAAUUGCGCGGGAUUUUGAGGAUUUGUGCCGCGUUAUACCGGUUCAGUUUCCAUCGGCGCUGCCAGAGGCUCCGGAUGUGAUUAUUGGGACUGUUCCCGGGGAGGCUAUGCCGCAGGAGGCAUUCAAGGGUUUGUUUAGGAAUGAGAAGGGUCUGUGUAUUGAGAUGGCGUAUAAGCCACGACUGACGAAUUUGUUGGCCGUGGCGAGGGAAAACCCCGGAUGGACUACGGCAGAUGGGGUGGAGGUACUUCUUCGACAGGGCUUUGAGCAGUUUCGGUUGUGGACAGGGUUGGAUGCACCGGAGGCAGUUAUGAGGAAGGCUAUUGAGGCUGCUACGGAAGGCAAGGUUGGAGGGACAUCGUCAUUACCGAGUAAUAUGGGAUGUCUUUCUACUGGGUAUCCUAUCAAUCAUCUAACAUGCGAAGUGUAA